UGAGGGCUGAGGGGCAUCACAAACCAAAAACAUAAUUAUAAAAUAACAUAAUAUAAGGCUAAUUAUAAUGGAAAUAUAACAAAAAUAAACUAUACUCAUUGGUAUGGUGAGGUAUUUUGAAAAGAGACAUUUAUUUAACAUUUAUUGGGGGACUCUUGGGUGUCAGAGCUUAAUGGCAUGGGAGAAUCAAGAUGGUAAAGUUUAUACUUUCUCAUUUCUGACAAGUUGACAUGACAAGUUGUGUUUUUAACUUAACGAGAGAGAGAGAGAGAGACAGAGAGAGAGGACGCUUGUGAAUGAAUGACUGUUUAUCACAGCUAUAACGUAGGUGAGAACAGGAACUACCUUGUCUAAUAAAAAUCUACCUAUAAACCACGAAAUUGUCCAACUUUUUGUUUAUUAACAAAUCCAACAUAAUCACUGGCAAAUAUGAGAGCUGAUUAUAGCUGAUAAAACAUUAGUGAUAACAGGAACUAACUUGUCUUGUUGAUGUUCCACAAAAUGUAACUAUAAACAAUAAAAAAGCAUGAUGUAUUGUUUCUUCAGAAAUUAAACAUUGGAAGUGUUGACAAAUCUCGGUGGUAUAAGACAUAUUAAACACAAUAGACCAUGCUGUUACAGGAUCGCAAACUCAACAUAGCUGUGGUAUAAAAUCGUUUAUUCAAUAUAUCAUAUGUUGUUUGUGUUUAUAACUGAAAGGAGUGUUUAUAACGUGUGUUUGUUCUGUUUGGUCUGCUUUCUCCUAACCUGCUGCACCCUGCUGGAACCCUUCUGUCCUUCCCAGUCACAUGUAAGUACUACAGGUCACAUAUAAUCAACUGGAAUAUAAUGCAUUUGUGUUGUCACACACUGAGCCACAAGAGUAAAUUGAGAGUUUAACCAUCUUCAUUAAAACCAUAACAAUGUCAUAUUAGUGUAGUUGUACACGCAAUAUAAACAUGCCAGUGUAAUCACUCAAUCUAAUUUGUUCCAUUGAAAUGAUGAGGCUAAUCAUUCCCACUUAUCUACACUCAUUCUUUACUGAUUGAGUUAUUAUUGGAUUGUAGCACAUUGUUAUUGUUGCUUUUUUUUUUUUUGCUGUUGUUUGAAUGCUGAAUAUGCAUUUACGUGUGCAUCGGUGCUGCAGGUGAUCUCGUCUAAUAUGAAAGAAGACCACAUUUUUCGGCUGACGGGAAAAGGGGCAGAUCAGGAUCCGAAAGGUGUGUUCAGCAUCAACAAACUGACAGGAGAGGUUGCAGUGAGCCGCGCCCUGGACCGAGAGGCCAUAGCAUUCUACCAUCUCCAAGUGUCAACCACAGACAUGACUGGCAGGCUAGUGGAGGGACCUGUGGAUCUGGACGUGUUCGUAAUUGACCAGAAUGACAACAGACCCAUUUUCAGGGAGACUCGCUAUUCUGGAGAGGUUCUGGAAGGCUCCCCUACAGGCACUACGGUGAUGACGAUGACUGCUUUUGAUGCUGAUGAUCCUAACACGGACAAUGCCGUCCUGCGCUACAUAAUUGUGAGACAGUCUCCUGAGAAGCCCUCACCAAACAUGUUCUAUAUUGACCCAGAGAGAGGUGACAUUGUCACUGUCAUCUCACCAUCCCUACUCGACAGAGAGACGCUGCCCACCACACAGUACGAGCUGGAGAUUGUGGCGAAAGACAUGGCAGGAAGUGAGGUUGGACUGACAGGAACUGCCACUGCCACCAUCACCAUCACAGACCGAAAUGAUCACGCACCUGAGUUCACCCACUCACUGUUCCAGGCAUCAGUGGAUGAAGGCUCUAAAGGCAUCGUGGUGAACCUGACAGUGGAUGAUCGAGAUGACCCUGCCACAGGAGCUUGGAGAGCCAUCUACUCUAUCAUUAACGGAGAUCCCAACCACAACUUUGCGAUCCACACCAACCCAGACAAUAACGAAGGCAUGCUGUCCGUGGUUAAGCCUCUAGACUAUGAAAGCAAUGUGUUUCAUACUCUGCUGAUAAAAGUGGAGAAUGAGGACCCUCUGGUUCCUGAUGUCAUGUAUGGCCCCAGCUCUACAGCCACUGUCUAUAUCACAGUUGAAGAUGUGAACGAGGGGCCGGUCUUUUUCCCCGAUCCUCUGGUGGUCACUAAGUGGGAGAACAUUCCUGUAGGCAGCUUUGUGGCUAUGCUCAAUGCCACUGACCCAGACUACCCUCAGGUCCAGAGCAUAAGGUUUGCAGUGCUGAGAGACCCAGCAGGUUGGCUCAGUGUAAACCCGGUGAAAGGCACAGUAAACACUACAGGCACGCUGGACCGUGAGUCUCCCCAUGUCCACAACAACCGGUACAGUGCAGUCUUCAUGGCCACAGACAAUGGUAACCCUCCUGCUACAGGCACCGGCACUCUGAUCAUCACUCUGGAGGACGAAAACGACAACGCACCCUACGUGGUGCCCUCAGUAGUACGGGUAUGUGAAGAUGCCAAGGAGGUGAACGUGGCAGUGAUAGGAGCACGCGAUAAAGAUAUCCAUCCAAACACAGACCCCUUCAAGAUAGAGCUCGGUAAACAGCUGGGUCUGGAGAAGACGUGGAGGAUGUCCAAGAUUAACAACACACAUUCACAGAUCAUGCUGCUGCACAGUCUGAAGCGAGCCAACUACAACCUGCCCCUGGUCCUGACUGACUCCGGCUUCCCUCCACUCACAAACAACACAGAGCUCAAAGUGCAGGUGUGCACCUGUAAGAAGAACAGAAUGGACUGCAAUGGAGUCGGCUCUCUUCGAACAAAUCUACUGCUGCUGCUCGGCCUGCUCCUGUUCUCCGUGUUCUAAGACUCUGCCGAUAAGGACGACAAUGCUCCCUGGCUGCCCACCAUCGCUGCCCCCUCCAUGGAUGUUUUCCCCCACAUGGGAACCCUGCCACAACGCUGUACAGCUUCCUCUCUCACAAGGAUAUCAACUGGGAAGAGGGAUCAUCAGACCACGAUCAACACAGCCCUCACUCCCUUCACCCCUUUCCUUCACGCUGCCUUUCUAUUUUUUUGGUUUUGUAAAUAAAACGUGUCUAUCCAUAAUUGCCAAGAACUUUAUUGUACUUUUGACAGACAUUUAAAAGAAAAAAAAGAUUUAAUCAUAAAAAGAUAAGGGUUUAAGUAUCUCCUGGAGGUUUAACUGUCACUGUAAUACUUAUUGCAUUCUGCAACAUCUGAGUAGUCACCUGCCUGAAAGAUAAUGAUAAUUGUCAAAACCGAAUGUCAUGCACCUGAGGGAAACCACGCUUCGGCAGAAAGGAGUCAGAAUAAUCUGUUUGUGAUGGCAGAAGACGUGAAUUAUGGGUAAUGUGCAUGGUGGCGUGCUAGCUAAUCCAUGGGCUGCAAACCAUUACAUUCAUUUAGGCAGAGUGAACAAACAGCCCUAAUCCCCACCCCUUCCUUCUUUCUGAAAUCCUGUGCUGUUUAUAUGCUUGUUCUGGCAAAUAGCACUGAGGAGAUUAGCAUUUUUAAUGCACUCGCUGAGAAUAAAACUGAGUGAGAAAAUCAAACAAUGAGCUUUUCCAUAAGCUCCAUCCAAACCCUGGAGAAUAGAGAGUUCUCCUUGCUAAUAUAGUGGUUCCUUUUGGAUGGAUAUAACUAUUUCUGCAAUACAUGUUUUCCUUUAAGCCUGAGCCACAAAUAAACUUGAUGAAAGGAGUUCAUCUAAUUGCAUGCCAUUCUUUCAGUGAAUACAUACAGUCAACUCCAGAAUUACUGGCACAAUAAACAAGUAUAUAAACAGAAUAGUGUGUCAUUAUUGUAUUUUUAGCUUUACCAUAUGGGAACAAUGUUUUUUUUUUUAGUUUGUUAAAGGUAGCAAUACAGCAUAUAAUUGUUUAUUAGGAGACACAAUAAUUGAGACACAUAGCAUGGUUUGGACAUAAAAUGCUACUUUUUUUUUUUCUUAAAGAAGAAGAAGAAGACAAAAUAUUUUUUUGUGACAGACCAGGAGGCAUUGAACCCUCACAGUUCCAAUGUCCCUUGUGAUCAAGUUACUGUCUGUGAGGCGGGGCACUGAUGUCAGGUGAGAAGUCUUAGUUGGUGUACAGUCUGCAUUCCAAUUCUUCCCAAAGGUGUUGACUGCAGUUGAGGUAAGGACUAUGUGCAGGUCACUAAAGAUCUUCCACUUUAAUCUUGGCAAACCAUGUCUUUAUGGAGCUCUCUUUGUGCACAGGAUCAUUGUCAUGCUGGGACAGGUUUGGGCCCCUUACUAUGGUGAAGGAAAUCUGUAAUACUACAGCAAAGACAUAAUAGUCCCUUGUGUGCUUUCAACUUUGUGGUAAUAGUUUGAGGGGAAACCCCCAUAUGGGUGUGAUGGUCAGUUUUCCACAAACGUUUGGCCAUGUAACAUAGUUUCACUGUUGUAAUAUUGCUACGUAUUAGAUUUUAACCAGCCAUCAUUGUGAAUGAAUGAUUUUUUUGUUAGAGAAAAGUGGGUUCUCUGUUUGUCCUUUGAGAAUAUUCACAGUCUAAUGUUUAAUGCAGCAAUUAAGUGGAAAUUAUCCACCAGUUGUUCUAUUACUUGGUAUUUUACUUUUGUCUCUGCAAUUGGUUUUCUUUCUUUCUUUUUUUUUCUUUUCCAUUCUGGUUUAUCUUCUGGGCUAUGAAACAUACACAUGCUAUACUAUUAAAUAAACUAUGCUGCAUAUAAAUCAGAUUUAUGCUAUAAUGCUCUAUAAUGCAUAUUAAGUUAAUAAUCGCAUAUAUAAUGGCCAUCUUAAGCCAUUUGUUUUGACAGAGUCGCUUCAAAGGUAAAUUACCUGUGAUCACUCUUUCCACAUCACUGGUGAUUUGUUAAAGUCCAUCUGCACAUCACAGACAUAAUUUCCUCGUAAAAUGUUCCAAACUACACUAUCUGGCACUAUAAUGCAUCUCUUAGCUAAGCACAACAGGAGGUCAUUAAAUAAAUUUCCAUUCUGCAAUUGUUGCUCUUUCACUUGGCUUGGUGUGAUAGCACUGCAAUAUGGAUUGUUUUCCACUAACAGGCGGUGAAAAUAGCUGGCUCAUUAUUUUUAAUGGGUAUUUCAAAUCGCUCCAUUUCAGCAGCAUGCAGUAUUUGGCUGGCCAGCUGCACCGUGGGACUAAAGUGUGACUGUGAAAGAGUGUGUGGUGCUGAGGGAGUGCCACAGUUCUUGCUGCUGGACCUCUUAUUGUGCUGCAGGGCCUAAUCGGGGAAAAUUUUAAUUUGUUUACUUUGAUAAGUGACAGUGGCCCUUGAUGUGAAGGAGAAGUGGGGAAACAAGCUGGUUGAAACUUAAUAGAGUUUGUGUCCGACCUUGGCCCUAGUGGCCAUAGCAGACAAAUUGUUAUCAUUUUUCAAUUUAGAUCAGGCAGUUAGUUAGAGAGGGUUUUUCCCCCCUUUGGUUUCCCUUGAUUGCCAGAUUCUCAGCUGCACUGCACCUCCUAACAAAUUAUAUUUUCCUGUGCAUUUUCCAUCAAGAUGAUUUUUAAUUAAGUCUCCUCUCUGUAGUCCCCACUGAGGGUUCUAAUCAAAUCAUAUGAGCAUUCUUUCUUCCUUUGCUGGUUUGAGAAGAAUCACCAGCAUCUGUUUCACUCCCAUGCUACGAUGCCAUCCUGUCACACCGACUGUUAAAAUGGUAUCUGUGUUGAAGCCACAUAUAUAGUAUACCCCAAACACUAAAGCAGAUCAGUGCAAUUAAACUCCUAUCUGUGUCUAUACAAUAAUAAACAGAAUAGAUUCAUGCAGCUUUAAAUGACACAUCAACUAAUUUGAUGCAAAAUAAUAAUAAGCUGGAAGUAUAAGGGGUUAUAAUGAAGAUCAGUAGCAAAUCUACACAAGAGCUCUUGUUUUGAUGGUUUUUUUUUUAAACAUGAAACUCUUUCUUAGUUUCUCUCUCUGUCUGUCUCUCUCUUUCUCUGUCUUUGUCUCGCUCUACCUCUCUAUAAAAAUAUAGAGAGAAAUAUAGAGAAAAAUAAAAAUAGAGAGAUGGAGACAGGGAGAAAAAUCUCUCAAUUCAUUUCAAUUCAGUUCAGAUCAGUUCAAUUCAUCUAUACCGCUUAUCCUAAACAGGGUCGCAGGGGAGCCUUGUGCCUAUCCCAGGGAACUCGGGGCACAAGGGUGGGGGAUACCCUGGACACACAUUCACACACAAUCGCACACUACGGACAAUUUGGAAAUGCCAGUCAGCUUACAGCGCAUGUCUUUGGACCGGGGGAGGAAACCAGAGUACCUGGAGGAAACCGCCGAAGCACAGGGAAAACAUACAAACUCCACGCACACAGGGCAGAGGUGGAAUUCGAACCCCCAACCCCCUGUGCCACCCUUAGUUCAAUUCACUUUACUUGUUCACAGUAUUGCCAAUGCAUAAUAGAAAGAAGAAAAAAAAGAAAGAACUGUUAUUUUUAAAUACCCUGUAAUAAACUGUCGAUCUUUGUCUCUCUGUGCCUCUCAUCUCUCCCUUUGUUUCUGUCUACAUCUCUCUCACGUUGUCUCUGAUUCUCUCUCUCAAUAGAUAGAUAGAUAGAUAGGUAGGUAGAUAGAUAGAUAGAUCGACUAUCUACCUUAGUUAACCUUAAUCUGCUGAGGGUCAUGUUGUGCAUGCAUGAAUACUGUA